AUGUCUUCCAAGACCGAGCUCGAUCCUCUGCUUCCUCGAAACGAACCCGCUCCAGAGAUACAAGGUUAUGGAUAUUCAAGCACUGGACAAUAUCACGAUGUAAAGUCGUCCGAGUCGCAGACCUCUGUUGGCGGGGACUGGAAAGAUGACAGCGAGGAAGACGAUGCCCACGCGGCGCCAUUCACAUCCGCCAGAUCAGCCUUGAGCACCAUCGCCUCGAUAUUCACCAUCGUGGUUUUCAUGGGCUUCGUGAUAACUCUGUUGGGACCCUCCCUGCAAGACAAUAACCCUAUACCCUUACCAAACAAGCCGCCAUCAACAGUCGCUGACCGCGUUUCUGCUAUUCUGAAGGGAACGCCGUUGAUUGAUGGGCACAAUGAUCUCGCCAUUUUCAUUCGAGGUGCAUACCAGAAUAAACUAUACUCGGACGAGUUCAAAGACAAAUUUGAACAUGGAGGUAUGGGCUUCAACGUCGAUCUUCCGCGGCUGGGAAGAGGGCAAAAUGGAGGCGCUUUUUGGAGCGCCUUUGUGGUUUGCCCAGAUGAUGCCAGCGACGAUUUCUCCGAUGAGACCUAUUCGAGCGCCGUGGCACAUACCCUCUCCCAAAUAGACUUGAUACGUCGGCUCCAAAGUCAUUAUCCCGACAACUUUACCUCUGCAACAGCCCCUCUGUCAGAAGCUCUGUCCAAUUUUCAUGCUUCGAGAUCGCUGAUCUCUCCAAUCAGCAUCGAAGGGUUACAUCAAAUUCCACAAACUGCCCCUCUAUCGACUCUUCGCUUGUACUAUGCUCUGGGUGUUCGCGCUGCCACACUUACAUGGAACUGCCACAAUGCUUUUGCCGAUGCUGCAUUAAUCACAUCAAAGGGAGAGACAGCAGUUGCGCCCUACCAUAGGGGUGGUCUGACAGCAGCGGGAAGAGAAGUCGUGAGGGAAAUGAAUCGUCUCGGAAUGCUCAUCGAUAUCUCCCAUACAUCUUAUUGGACACAGAAAGCGGUUCUGAGCAACAAAACCUCUGCGGCCCCAGUCAUUUUCUCACACUCGUCGGCCUUCGCUCUAUGCCCGCAUCCCCGAAAUGUCCACGAUGAUAUCCUGGAUCUCGUGAAAGAAACCCAGAGCCUGGUGAUGAUCAACUUCUCACCUGCUUUCAUUUCUUGUCUACCGCCCCCGAACUCGAGCGUGCUCCCCGAGUUUUUCGAAAAGAACAACACACUGCAUCAAGUGGCUCGCCAUAUUAUGUAUGUUGGUGAGAAGAUUGGCUACGAUUAUGUCGGACUAGGCAGUGACUUCGAUGGCAUGGGUGAGCUGACGCCCAGAGGUCUCGAAGGGGUAGACAAGUACCCUGACCUGAUUGCCGAGCUGUUAAACCUGGGCGUAAGUGAUGAGAAUGCCUCUAAGGUUGCGGGUGGAAAUCUUUUGAGGGUCUGGAAAACAGCGGAUGAAAUCGCGAAAGGUCUACAGCGCAGGACGCUGGAGGGCGAGGAUGAAGUCAGCGGGUGGUGA